AUGGGCAUCGUGGAAAGCAGAGUAUUGGCGAACAACCUCCUCACAGCUUGCGAUCAGGCUGAGAAAGAGGGAAAACAUCAAUUAGACGAGGCUCAGUUCUGGCGAGACACAGAGACAAUCAGGAUAUCGAAAAGCAUAUACAAAUAUAUACCGCAAACCAUCCGUCGCACUUCUCGUCAAUCCGCUAUUAAGAAGGCCAUUGCACGCUCCUCAGUUCAACUUCAGGUUUCACCAGUCAUCCAAGGCUUGCAAGAUAAGCGUGAAUCGCUCUUCCCUUUGCACUCACCCGGAAGGGCAGAAGGCCACACUGGUUCAUCGGCCAACCUUAAACUUGCACCUUUGUCUUGCCAUGUCCAACCUCCGUUGCAAACAUCUUCCCUUGAAUACUUCUACAACUUCAUCAUCUAUUGCGAACAGCAACAGGAGUUGGAUAAAAUCCGACUCAGGAUUUUGUAUGUGGCAUUUUACCGUUUGAAAAACGCUAUACAGCCAAGUACUCGAUAUCAAUACGACGAUAUUUCACUGUUCAUAGCCCAUGCCAUAAGAAGCUUGGGCAGUAAAGACUUACUUCCUGUCAUUGAAAGUCGAGUACAACUCUGGGUUGGUCGAGGAGAGAGGUAUGAUCUUAUUGCGAGAGAUCUUGGAGGGCUAGGAGCACUGUAUAUCCUCCCCGAAGAUGGGGGCGAAUCGUUGUGGACCAAGGAGCUGCCCAAGUCAGCAACAAAUCCAAACCGAAUUGCCAUGAUAAAAGGCCUGUGUGAGCAAGGAUUGCCAAAAGAAGCAGAGAGACGUGGCCUUCACAUUUUGGCAGAGGACGAGAUUGCCAAGGUUUUGGGACCGAUGAAAGCCGCCUUGGAUCAAGUGAUUGAGACCCACUUAUCAGCGGCAAGUUUCCAGGCACCAAGGGACGAUAGACGGCCAAGGGGGAUGGAAACAAUUGGCUACAAUCGAGACUUCCUCAAUCUUGCCAGGCUAGUUUCGGAACUCCCGGAGCACCUGUUCCUCAACAGGGUGCUGCCAAUGUGGAUUCGCUACAUAGCGGCAUAA